GCACGGCACUGAAGUGCCCCCCAUUCGCUUUUUUUAUAGAGCUCAUUUGCCCGGAGACCUUUCCACUUGAUCGCCUUGGAAAAACACUCUUGAAAGAUGGAAAACCCUGGAGACAUCUGCCUGGUGGGCAUCACCUGCAACAAUGGCAUCACCAUCGCCAUGCGAUCCGAGGACUAUCUUGUGUACCAUUUGGGGGAUCACAUUUACUGCUGUGCCCACGAUGGGGUAUUCGUUCGGGACAUCAUGGCCGGGGUCAGGAAUCAAUUGGCGGCCAAAUAUCUGGACCAGGACCAAAAGAUACCCGUCAAGAAGGCCCAGCAGCUGCUGUGGCAGCAGUAUCCAGCGAUUGCCAGUGCUCCGGUGCUUUUCGCUGGCCACGACUUCGACAACAACAGACAGUACCUGUAUGCCCCUCAGCAGGAUGGAAGCGUGACGAACAACCGCUUCGCUGCCUGUGGCAGUGGCACGGCCCUGGAACAGGCCAGGAUGUGGCUGGCCGACAAGUGGCAUCGCGGUCAGAGCCUCAUGGUGUCCGAGCAGAUGGCCCGGAUGGUGCUCAAGAACUGGGAUUCAUCUCAAAAGUCCGCCAAGGAUGUGUUCGUGCUGUACAGGCGCCAGGAGGAUGCUCCCAUGGACGCCGAUGAGUAGCCAAAGUGGAAAUAAAUGAAGCAAGGCCCUUUAUGCCUUCCUUGCCAUGUAAUUA